GCUUCUCUUUCCCGCAUCCCAGGCGAGUUCAGCGCGAAGGUCGUGAAGGGGAAGCUCGAGGGCCCAGGCGGCGACUUCGUCCUGCGCGCAUGCGGGGACCUCCCAACGGAUUGCGGUAAGGGGUCGUCGACUAGGCUGCUCAUCCAAUCCUCCCUGUUCGCGGUGCUGGACCGCGCAACCCCAGAGAACGGGCCCUUAACGCCGCCUGGCGACAGCGGCUGGGACCUCCUGCGUGACGACUACGGCGAGCGC